AUGUACUACGCCCCCACCUUUCUACAAGUUGGUUGAAUCGAUAUAAGACUAAAUUAAGUGAAGACUCUAACCUUUCAGUGGCUUCUGUUCGAUCUCACCUCAAUUUGCGCCGGAAUUUGGACUAAUAUGAUUGCUUUCGUAUGUGGAUUCGGACUCGUCAAUUUCUUCGCCAAAGUAAUGCACAAGUUCCGUUAUACUGCCUGGAUUCUCGACUUUGUCGGAAUGGUUCCGUAUUUUCAUGAUCUCAUAUGGAAAAGAAAGUCGCAGAUCAAGUGAGUGAUUUGGAUAAUUACUUGUGAAAAUCUUUUUUCAGAUUCACAAUCGUGAUCACUCUGAUCCUCUCCGUUUCCAUGUUCAUCUCAAGGGACUGGAUUGUCGUGAAGCACAAACGCAUCGGAAUUCGAAAUUUCACCGCUGAAGGAAACAGUUUGAAACUCGCAAUCAUUUCGGAUCUUCAUGCUGGAGCCAGUGUCUACAGAGAUCAAAUAAAUCAAGUAGUAGACAAUGUCCUCGACAGUCCAGUCGAUGCCAUUCUCAUCGUCGGAGAUAUGGUCGAUGGUCCCGUGACGGACAUCGAGGAUAGAGUCAGACCUGUUCUGUGAGUAAAAUUCGCUUCGCACUGAAAGCAAACAAGGCACCUUACAGACAACUUCCCGUGCAUGCUCCUACCUUCUUUGUCACUGGAAACCACGAAUACUACUACGGAGACGCACGCGAAUGGCUUCGAUACUACAGAGAUGGACACAUUACGGUGCUCGAGAACGAGUAAGUUUGAGAGCAUGCGGCCACGAAAUCAGGCCGCUGUUUCAGGAGUUCUAUGAUCAAAGGUGUGUGUCUGGCUGGAGUGAAUGACAUUUCGAGCACAAAAGCGGGCAUCACUUAUCACCACAUGGAUCUGAAGAAGGCGACGCACAGAUGUCCGAAGAACGCCUCGCAGGUCGUGAUGGCCCACAACCCCGCUUCGAUCGGCGAAUUCAUUGUCGAUCAUCCGGAUGAACUGGCUAAAGUGGACCUUGUUGUGUCAGGUCACACUCAUGCCGGACAGUUUUACGUCGUCAUUCCGAUCGUUUAUUGGCUUCUCCCCUACUUUUAUGGUCUCUACGAAGUGCCAUUCAACACUCAAUUAAUGGUAACUGCUGGAUCUCUUUAUCAAGGACCGCCGAUGAAAAUGCUCGGAAUGUCAGAAGUUUGGGUACUCGAGUUGGUCGGAGUCUAA